GAUGGCCUCCCAGCUAGUCGCAUUAGUGCCUCCAGCCAGGCAAGACCCUGGAAGCCAUAUCGUAAAAGUGCCGGAGAUAACAUGAGCCAGAGUCACCUUCAAACGGAUCAGCUGCUGUUCGAGGAGAAGCCUCUUCAUGUUCCGCCCCUUCAGGAGCUUCAAAGUGUUAUACAGGGUGCUCUGGUCAGCAAUUUUGGUCAUGUGGAUGUCAGUGUAGUGGCCUGUCCGGACCUGAAAGGAUCGCAGUUCGGUCUUGUGGAAAGAGGCUUGGGCGGCAAGCCCACACUCUUGGAAGCAGGAGGUCCUCCCUAUUUGCGGCCUCUAGUGCAACGCGACAAGCUCUACAACCUCAAGGAGAUCACCCGGAAGAUUCAGGGGCCGGGAAAGAUCUUUGCUGUGGGUGCCGGGGCAGGUCCUUGGCCCAUUCGAGGCUCCAACUGCGAGGGCAUCUUCAACCUGUCCGUGAGCGAAGAGGACAAGCUGACGAAUGGCAGCUACACAGCCACCGUCAGAGGAGAAAAGGAGGAAUGUGUUCUGGAGAAGAUCUCUGACUCCGAGCCACGCUGUGCCCUUAUCCUAAACCUCUUCCUGAGCCAGGGACAGCCUGGUGAGGUGCUCAAAAUCACAGCCAAGCAACGUACCGGAGAGCAGAACUUCAUCGAGUGCAUUCGCAAGGGCCUGGAGCAGCACUACCAGGACAAGCCCGUUGGCUUGGGUGGUAUCUUCCUCAUAAAGAAAGGCAAGGUCCACCAGCACGUGAUGCGGGACUUUAGCAAGACCCCCAUCUACACCACCGAGCAGAUCCAGCAGUGGCUCAAGUUCUACGAAAUGCCGUCCCAACUAAAUGCCCUGGGCACCUUGGUGACGAAGGAUCUGGGACUGGACUUGCGGCUGCAGCACUUCCACUCCUUCUCCUUCACCAACUGGGGCGGGCACUAUCACUACGACACCACUCCGGACAUAGUGGAGUACGAGGCGUACCUGAACGUGGCGGAGCGGGUGGUGCGAGUGGACAGACCCCGGCUAACGGAUCAGUUGGGACGGGACUAAGUGGUCAGGUGAUGUCUUCGCACCUGCCGAAUCCAUCAAGACCUGUUAAUAAGCGAGCCUAAAAUAAAUGCCUUCUCAGAAAA